GGCGGGCCGGGCCGGGCGAACAGGGCAUGGCGGCCGGGGACGGGGAGGCGGCGCGGAGCCAGGCGUCCCUACGGCGCCGGCUGCAGAGCUCAGAGGAGGCGCAGCACCGGCAAGCGGUGCUGGUGCGGAAGCUGCAGGAGAAGUUGCUGCAGUAUCGGACCUGGUGUCGUGAGUUGGAGCAGCAACUUGAAGCUGGAGGGGUGAGUGGGCAGGGAUCCCUUUCAGACAGAUGGGAACCCACAGAGGAUCACAGCCUGGAAAAAGCACUGCUCCAGUUGGAAGAGGAGCAGCGAAGGUGUGAGAACCUGGCAGAAGUGAACACUCUCCUGCGGGAGCACCUGGAUAAAGCAAAUGAGGUGAAUUCAGCUCUUAAAGAAGAUGUUGGAAAACUGACGGCAGAUUGGAUGAGGGCCCGGAAGGAACUGGAAUUGAAGGAGAGUGAAUGGCGCAAUGAACGUGAGUUUUAUGACAGCUACUUAAGGGGUGAGCAUAACCGUCUUCUGAGCCUGUGGCGUCAGGUGGUGACCUUCCGCCGUCAUUUUGUGGAAAUGAAGACCGCCACUGACAGAGAUUUGUCAGAGCUGAAGGCAGAGCAAAUGAGGCUCUCUGGAUCUAUACUUGUAAACUGCUUCCGUCUAAACUCUGGCAUACAGCUCUGGGAGUCCAUCACUUUGGGUAGACCUGUCCUAAAGGAUCAGGCACAGCAGCAAAUGGAAAGGGAAAUAAACCAGAAGACUUUGGAAGUGAUGUGUUUACAAAUCAAGGGUGACCUGGAGAAGAAGGAACUUCAAGAUAGGGUGAUGGAGCUCUCAGCCUUGCUUAUACAGUCUCAGAAGCAGAAUGAGGAGAAGGAGAAGACCAUGAAAACACUUAACGACACUGUGGAGAUUCUAGAAGCAAGUCGAUUAGAGGUAGAAUAUGAAGCUUCAUUGACUAAAAAUGCCAAAGAAGAGAAUCUUGCCCUUCAAAAGUUAAUCAAAGAUAUAACUGAGGUGGUGUUAGAUGACAGUGACAGCACGGUCAGCCUUGUCUGCACUGACAAUUUCCAGCGUCCAGAGUCUAUCAACAUCCUUUCUUGUCUGAGCUCCCUUGAUACAGACCAUGCCUUUGUAUUGGUUCAGGAAGCACUGGCAAGGAGGCAAAGAGCAACACAGGCCUUAAAAGAAGAGCUUUCUGCUAGGCAGGACUCUAUAAAUUCCCUGCAGCACCAGCACAGACAGCAGGAGGAAAAGUGCAAAAAGCUGCAGCAAAGGCUUGAGCAACUGGAAGAGGAAAGUAAGAUGUCAAGCAGUCAACAGCAGCACCUUCAGUCCCUGGUAGAAUCACUCAAAAGUGAUUGUGCAAACCUAGAGAAAACCAGGAGAGAACUACAGCAACAGCUACAUGAAAGUGAGCAAGAAGCCUCGCGUCUGCGUCGAAGUAACACUGAACUGCGGCUGAAGGAAGAUUCAGCCCAAGGGGAAAAGCUGGAGCAGCAACAAGCAAUGGAGAGAGUAUGUCAUGACCAGGACCUCCUUCUGAAGGACUUAGCUGCACUUGAAGCAAAACAUUCAUUAUUACAGAGUGAGUUGGUAGUCACAAGAGAGAUGCUGGAGGAAUCACACCUUCAGAGGGAUCUGCUGAAGCAAGAGAAACAUGAGCUUACAAUGGCACUGGAAAAGGCAGAGCAGUCAGUAGCAGAGUUGACAGGAGCUCAGAAUAAGCAGAGUUCUGAAAUAGCUGAUCUACAUGUUGCCACAGCAAAGAUGAGCAGUAUUAAUGAAGCUCUUGCAUUGGAUAAAGUGCAACUGAACAAGCUUGUGUUGCAGCUGGAACAAGAGACCGAAGUUCUGUCAGGUAAAGUGGAUGAGAUGGAGAGAGCAAAGAUCUCUGUACAGGAGAAGAUGAGCUCUUAUAAAAGAACAAAUGAAGAGCUUUGCGCAGAGAAAUCCCACCUGGAGCAGCUGCUGAAGAAAGCAGAGGAGCAACAGGAGGGGCUGCAGGUGCAACUGAGAAUACUGACAGAGGAGAAGGAAGAAACCCAGGAAAAACUCAACCAGGUUUACCUCCAGCAAGAGUCAGCUAGCAGUGGUUUGGAGCAGUUGCGCCAAGAGUCCUCUCGCCAAGAGGAUGCACUGGCCAAGGUGUCCAAAGAGAAGGAAUUCCUGGUGCAUGAGAAGGCUGCCCUUGAAGUGCGACUGGCAGCUGUGGAACGGGACAGACAAGGCCUUUCAGAGCAGCUGGCAGAGGCCAGGUCAGUGAAGGAGACCCUGGAAUCCAGCCUGUUUGAGGCUCAGCAGCGUAUAUCUCAGCUGGAGAUCAGCAGGAGUCAGCUUGAAAUCCAACUGCAUACAGUCAUCCAGGCUAAGGAAGUGGUGCAAGGGGAAGUGAAGUGUCUUCAAAGUGAGCUGGAAGCAGAGAGAUCUUUAAUGAAGCAGGAACGGGAAAACAUGGCACAACAGCUCCUGCAGACAGAACAGCAGUAUAACAAUGCUCUCAAACUUCAUCAAACUGAUCACGAAGUGGAAAUAAACAAACUCCUACAAGACCUGGCAAAUGAGCGGGAAGGGCACCAUUUAGAGCUGCAGGAGAUGCUGGAGCACUGGGAAAAGGAGAAAGCAGAGACAGAAGGUGAGCAUGAGAAGAAGCUGUUUGAUAUGAAGCAGAAAGUUGCUACCAUGCAAGCUCAACAAGAAGAGGAACGAACUAGAGUUGAAAAUGCUAAGCAAGAGGUCCUGCUAGAAAAAGAGAGUGAGAAGAAAGCUUUAUUAGAGACACUACUCCAAACUCAGGGAGAGCUAACAGAAGCCUGCCAACAGCUUGAGCAACUCAGGCAAGAGGUGAAAGAGCAGCAAGUGUAUGGGCAGAGCAUAACAGAAAAGCUGCAAGCAGAGCUGCGAGAAACUCGAUGUAAGAUCAAGGCAGUGGAGAAUAUGCAUAAGGAAGAAAUCAAAACCAUCAAAGAGGAACUGAAUAUUCUUCUUCAACAGAGGGAUGACCUACAAAAACAGGUGGAAGAGUUGACAUCUCAGCUAGCAGCUUCCCAAGAGUCCCAGCAAGCAAUUGGCCACAAAGCUCAGCAGGAUCUGAAUGAGGCACAGGAAUUGUCAAGGCAGAAGGUACUGGAGGUUGUGCACCUCCAGAGGAUUUUGGCUGAAGAGAGGAGCCAGUGGGAAGAGGUAGAACAUCAGAACAAAAAGCUGCAAGUGUGUCUGCAGUCCUUGGAGGGGGAAAGGAGUCGAUGGGAAGAAGUGGAGCGUCACAAUGCAGAAUUUGAGGCUUCACUGAAGGUCCUAGAGAGUGAAAGAGCCAGGCUGUCUCUGUCUCUGGAACAGAAGGAACUGAGCCUCAAGACCCUGGAAGAAAACAACCUUGCCCAGCAGAACGAGGUGUCUAAACUACUUUCUGAUAUUCAACAGGCCCAGCAGCUCCAUUCAGACCACAAAAGAGAAAUACAAGAGCUCAACAACCAGGUACAGUCACUGCAGGAAGUGGUGCUGGAGAAGGAGGCUGGCCUGGCAGCUCGGGAGAAGCAGCUAUUACAGGAUCUGGAGAAGUCCCGAGCCGGCGAACUGUGCUUGAGAGACUCUUUGCAUGUGCUGGAGGCUGAGAUGGCUGAACUUCAUCUGAGGCUUUGUAGCACAGAGAACAGAGCAAAGGCAUUGGCUACAGAGUGCCAGCAGGCUAACAGCGCCCAUUGUGAAGCCCAAUCACAAUUGGACAAACUGCAAUUGGUUCUCCACCACAUGCUGUGUGACAGCACUGAUACAAGCAGAGGCCUAGUCACUUGGAGUUCAGAACAGGAUCGUGUCUGGGGCCUAACUGUUUCUCAGGCCAGGGAAGUCCCUGUAGAGCUCACAGUGGACGGAGUGGCAGCAGCCAUAGAAGACCUGCGUCAGGACCUGAGGCAGACUCGGCAAGAUCUGAAUGAUGCCAGGAAGAAAAUACAGGACCUUGAGCUGGAGCUGAGCAAGAGGCAAGCUGAGAGGGACCACUUCAGUGCAUGCAAUCAAGAACUACAGAAGCAGUUGACUCGAUGCCAGGAAGAGAGGCAGAUGGCAGAAGACAAGAAGAACUCUCUACAAGCUGCCUUGCAGGCAGAGGCUGCUGCUCUAAAAAAGGAAGCUAUGACUCUACAUCAAGAGGUGGCAUCUUUGGAAAUGAAACUUGAGAGCACUGAGAAGCAAAGAAAGGAUGUGCUGCAUGAACGGGACAGACUGCAAGCAGUUGAAGAAAAACUAAUGUGGGAGAUAAAACUUCUUCAGGAAUCAGUCACAGCCUCUGAAACACGAGCAAAUGCAGCAGCAGAAAUGAAUCACUCCCUUGAACAAGAACUUCAAACUACAUUGUCUAUCUUAAAAAUAAAAAAUGAAGAAGUGCAAACUCAGUGGGAGAAAAUCCAGAUGCUACAGAAAGAAGCAGGAGAUGUAAAAGCUUUGAAGGAGAAUCUUACUCAAACGAAUGCCAUCCUAUCAAAGAGAGAGGGAGAAAUGAAGUUAUACCAGGAACAGAUGAGAAUACUGGAAAACCAGGAAGAAAUGCAUAAAACGACUCUAGAUCAGAUUAUUAAGGACAUUAAAGAGAAAAAAGAGAAGACAGAAUCCCAGCAAGAACAAAUAAAGGAGCUAGAGAAGCAGCAAGAAAAACAGAUGAUUGCUGCAAGCAAGAUGAGCAAAGACCUGGAAGACAGAGACCAGGAGAUCAGAACCCAGCAAGAAAUGAUACGUGAGCUGGAGAAGCAACAAGAAGUGCAGAGGACUGCUGUGAGUAAGAUGACCAAAGACCUGGAAGACAGAGACCAGGAGAUCAGAUCCCAGCAAGAACUGAUACAGGAGCUGGAGAAGCAACGCGAAAUGCAGAGGACUGCUGUAAGCAACAUGAGCAAAGACCUGGAGGAGAGAAAACAGGAGAUCAGAUCCCAGCAAGAACUGAUCAGGGAGCUGGAGAAGCAGCAAGAAACGCAGAGGACUGCUGUGAGCAGGAUGAGCAAAGACCUGGAAGACAGAGACCAGGAGAUCAAAUCCCAGCAAGAACUGAUCAGGGAGCUGGAGAAGCAGCGAGAAAUGCAGAGGACUGCUGUGAGCAGGAUGAGCAAAGACCUGGAAGACAGAGACCAGGAGAUCAAAUCCCAGCAAGAACUGAUCAGGGAGCUGGAGAAGCAGCGAGAAACGCAGAGGACUGCUGUGAGCAGGAUGAGCAAAGACCUGGAAGACAGAGACCAGGAGAUCAAAUCCCAGCAAGAACUGAUCAGGGAGCUGGAGAAGCAGCGAGAAAUGCAGAGGACUGCUGUGAGCAGGAUGAGCAAAGACCUGGAAGACAGAGACCAGGAGAUCAAAUCCCAGCAAGAACUGAUCAGGGAGCUGGAGAAGCAGCGAGAAACGCAGAGGACUGCUGUGAGCAGGAUGAGCAAAGACCUGGAAGACAGAGACCAGGAGAUCAAAUUCCAGGAAGGGAAAAUAAUGAUUCUAGAACAACAUGGUACAUCACAAGUGAGAAGUCUGCUAGUGGAUCUUGAUCAUAUGAAAGGAAACUUGCAGGAGAAAAAUUUAGAGCUUAUGUCUCUGACUCAGCACAUCAAAGAACUGGAGAUGGAGAGAGAACAGGUGAAAUCUUUGCACACAAGUCUUGAACGCCUUGGGGCAGUUCUUAGAGACAGAGAGAGUGAGUCUGACACUCAGAGGGAUCAGUUGAGACUCUUCCAGCAGUACAAGGAACGUCAAGAGGAGUACUUGCAAGAGCUUCAUGGUAAAAUAGAAAAGAUGACCCUUUCUUUAUCUAAAAAAGAUCAGGAGCUUGAGUCACAGCAAAAACAAAUUCAGGAAGCUGAAGAAGUCAUGGAAAUGAAGUUGAAGACUGUCCAUGAUCAACUGGAGCAGACAUUAGAAACUUUAAAAGAAAAGGACAAACUCCUAGACAUCCAAAAGCAACAAACAAGGAAACAUGAGGAAAAAACAGAAGAACAAAUUAAUGUCUUAUAUAAAGACUUAGAAUACACUAAGGCAAUAUUGAGAGAGAAGGAUUUCAUGAUUGAAUCUCAGAAGGAACUGAUUGAGACUUUCCAAAAACAAGAAAAAGACUUUGAGCAGCAGAAGGAAAUUCUGCAACAUCUUAAAGUGGCUCUAAAGGAACAUGAGCAAGAAAUUAUAUCACUUAGAAAACAAUGUGAGGUGUGCAAAGAAAAGGAGGAAAUGCUUGAAGCUGAUCAAGCAAGUCUUCGAGAAACAAAAGUGACUCUGAAAGAAAGGGAAAGAAAGAUAGAGGUACUGGAGGAGACUAUCUCUAAGCUUCAACAGCAAAAUGAAGAGGCAGUGAUGCAGAGUACAGCUAUACUGCAAAAACUAGAAUAUGCUGAAUCUUCUCUAGCAGCUAGAGAUCAAGAGAGAGUGUCUCUGCAAGAGCAUGUCCAGGAACUUCGAGAGCAGAAGGAGUUAGAAGGCAAACAGGCCAAGAGUCUACAGCAGGAUCUAAACAAAAUGAGCCAAACAAUGAAAAAGAAAAAUUUGGAGAUCCUUAAGCAGUCAGAGCAGAUUAAUGUCUUCCAGCUUCGUGAAGAAAGCAUGAAAGUAGCACUAACAUCUUGCCAGAAUCAAGUAAAUCUACUUGAGGAAGUGUUGAGGAAGAGAGAUGAAGACAACAAAACUCUUAUGCAAAAACUUCAACUACAAGAAGAAGAACUGAAGACCUUGCAGAAUCUCCAGCUUAUGCUAACUGAGAAGAAAGAAGAGAUUAGACAUCACAGAGAGCAAGAGAAGCUCCUGGAAGAAGCCUUGCGUGAGAAACAAUGGGAGACUAAGGCUCAAGGUGAGCAAAAAAAGUUAGAAGAUGAGGAAAUGAGAGGUCUUCAGGAAGAUGUCCAGCACAUUCAGCAGAUGCUGAUAAAGAAGGAUGAAGAGAUCAAGUGCCAGAGAGACAGAGUCAGGUAUUUAGAGAAGACUCUGACAGGGAGAGAACAAGAGCUUAGGAGGCAGAGUGAACUCCUGAAACAAUUAACGUCAGCUUUGCGAUGGAAGGAUGAAGGGGAGACCCUAAAGAAACAAAUCCAGAAACUCCAAAAAUGGGAAGAAGAGGAAGCAGAGAAGAAGAAAGUUCUCCGGGAGAGAGACCACUUCUUGAAAAGGCAGAAGGAGCUAGCCCAGCAACUGGAAGAUGAGAGAAAAGUAAAAGGAGAAGAAUUGAAGCGUAUGAUUGCUAUUUUGAAGCAGACUGAAAGUGGAGAAAUCGAAUGGAAAGAGAAAGCACAAGCACUGACUCUUGCCCUUACUAAGAGUGAAAUGGCCAAUGGGACUUUGAGGGAAGAAAUAGCCAUCUUGCAAAGUAUGGUUUUAGACAGGGACGAGGACCGGUUUCAUCUUCAGCAGGCUAUUGCAGAAGGGGAGCAGCUAUCAUGGGUCUCAGAGAAGAGAUUCCUGUGGCAGCGGCUGGAGAGUCUGCAGCAAGCAAUUGCAAGGCUGGAACGUGAAAAGACUGAGCUGAAGCAACUCAAUGCUGAGCUCAGGAGGACUCUUGAGCAGGUGGAACGUGAACGAAGGAGACUGAAGAGAGGUUAUAGUGGUCAGUCACUGCCAGGUGCAUGCAAGUUUUCUCUGUCAGAGUCUGAUGAAGACAAGAUGCCUGCUUCUAGACAGGAGGAGGCUCAUGCUCUCUCCAGUCAAUUCGCUGAGUUACAGAAUCAGGUUACUCUUCUGCAGCAGCAGUUGGCACAAGAACGAAAAUACAAGCAGGACUAUAUUGAGUGUUGUGCAAAGACCAGCCAGGAGCUGUCAGACCUUCACCAAGAGCUGUCUUGCUCCUUGGCAGCUGUGGUCAGGGAGCCCAAAGCUGCUGUUCUGGAGGCAGAGACCCAGAAGCUGGAUCGGUCUCUGAACCAUACCUUGGCACUGAUGUCUCUGGACUGUGAGUAUCCUGAGAGACAGCCAUUGCAUUCAACAGUCAGAUCCACCACAACGGAUGGCCUGAGGUAACAGGACCAGUGUACAACCAGAGGCCUCAGCAGGAGGUGAGUCAGUGGCCUGCUGUAGCAGGUGAACCAUGGCAGGAUGAUUAGCUCAAAGCAUGAGUUCUGAGGUAAGAGAAAAGUUCAGAGCACAGCAUUCACUGCAAGGUCCCCAGCCAGAUCAGUGGUGGGACAAAAUUGGUGCUGGCUUGCAUGGAUAAGGUCAGGGGCAUACAUAGGCAAAAUCUCUUCUUCCGAAGUGCUCCAUCACAGCAUGCCUCAUCAGUCUCCACAUGGCUCUCCAAGUUAGGUUAUUCCUGUCAGCUUCUGUACUGUUUACAAAGACUUUUUUGUAUGGUUUUAUUUUUUCAAUAAACUUAUGUUUCUAG